UUCUUUCAGAGUUGAUCGGCGUUGUGCAUGAUGAAAUAUUGAACAAGUCAUAAACCCCCCCACAAUAUACUCACACUGGGAUACUACACGAAUAUCUUACUGUAAAUCAUGGACUCUGUAACUGAUAUUAAAGAUACAAUGACUGAAAACAGUGACCCAGCAGGUGUAAAUAAGGCUGUUGAUGGUGAGGAAAAGAAGCCACCACUUGAAGAAAAGACAAAUGGGAACGAGACUGAAGAGGAACCUAAGGGUGUAUCAGACUCUGGAGGCACAUCUACAGAAUUAGAAAAGCCUGACAAAAACGAGUCAUCUAAUGAUCCUUCAACAUCUGAUGCAUCAGGUGGCAUUAACAAACAGAGCAAAGACAGCUGCAGCUCAAGCCCAGACAACAUUGAAAAAUCUGAAGAGAAUAAGGAAAAAAUAACAGAUGAAGUGAAACCUGAUGGUGAGAAAGAAACAGCAAAGGCAAAAACAGAUGAAGCUACAAAUGUUGAGGGAAGUAACACAGAAAAGGAAACUGAAUCAACAGGGGAAAGCAUUGCACUGGAUCUGAAAGGUGUGGAAGUUACUAAUGAUGGAGCUCCAACUAUCCCAACUGAGGCCCAAACUGCUGCUACCAUUAGGGCCCCAACUGAUGCUGUCAGUGAAGGCCCACCAACUCUCGAACCAAUGGGUCAAGAUGAUGUAAAGACGGGGGAUAUGAAACAACAAAUUGAAGAUAAUCAUAAUAUCCUAAUGGCAGAAAUAAAGGAUGAAAGUAAUACAUCAGAUACUACCAUAAGAUCAGAUGACACUGUGAAAGCUGAACCCAUUGAGGAGCAUACAUCAGAGGAAAAGGGUAUUGACCUGUCAAAAGAAGAUUUUGAUGCCACCCAGGCCCUAGAAUGGAACAAUGGGAUAGGAACCUUGCCUGGAAGUGACCUCAAGUUUCGCAUGAAUGAAUUUGGAGUGAUGGAAAUGAUCACGGAUGACCUAUUUGGAGAUUUAGAUGACCUUUCAAAGGAUGACACUUCAGAUAAAGUAGAAGAAAAGAGCCAAGGCAGUGCACAACUACCAGUUUCAAAUGACAAUGGUACGGUGACUGUCAAACAAGAAUCAGGGUCCAAGGUGGCUACAUUGAAAGAGUUAGAACACAUACAGAGUGAUGAUAUCUGUCGAUGCGAAAACUGUGGCAUGUAUGGAGUCGCAAGUGAGUUUUGCAGAUCAGGCAGAUUCUGUAGCCAAUCAUGUGUUGGAGUUCAUGCUAACAAGAUGAGUGUGCAAGCGAAGGUUGAGGCCAAAGUGAAGCACACUACGGCUGUUAAACCAGAGAGAGUUCCUGGACAAGUUGGGAGACCACCUAAAAAGAAACGCAAGCCCACAAGUGAAGGAGAAGUCAGAGAUAGCAAGAUGGCCAGAUUUAGUGAUGAUGCGGUGUAUGAAAAGAAACCAGGUAAAAAAGACAAGAAGUGGACUUGGGAGAAGUAUUUAGAGCAGAGCAAUGCUGUUGCAGCUCCUCAUAAGUUAUAUGCACAGGGCAUUCCUACAAAUAAAAAUGGUUUCAAAGUUGGAAUGAAACUAGAAGCAAUAGAUCCGAAACACCCAUCACUUUAUUGUGUUGUCACAGUGGCAGAAAUUAUGGGAUAUAGAGUGCGUCUCCAUUUUGAUGGCUACAGCGAGUGCUAUGACUUCUGGGUAUGUGCCUCUUCUGAGGAAAUAUUUCCCGUUGGUUGGGCAGAAGAAAACGGCAAAACUUUACAACCUCCAAAAGGGUAUACUGUAGAGACAUUUGAAUGGUCAAAUUAUAUCAAACUGUCUAGGGGUGUUACAGCACCAAAUAACCUCUUCAGCGUAACAUACUCUACACCACCUGCUACACCACAUGGGUUCAGAGCUGGGAUGAAACUGGAGGCUGUUGACAAGAAGAAUACAAUCUUAACAUGUGUUGCUACUGUGGCUGAUGUGAGAGGGGAACAUAUUCUCAUUCAUUUUGAUGGCUGGGAGGACAAUUAUGACUACUGGUGUGACCCAACCUCCCCAUAUAUACAUCCAGUAGGGUGGUGUCAGGAAAAUGGAAAAGCAUUGUCACCUCCAAAUGACUGGCCAGAUAUUGAAGGUUUCACUUGGGAGGAAUACAUGGAGCAGACCAGGUCUGCACCCGUCUCUCUACGGGCAUUUAAACCUAGGCCACCCGUAGAAUGGGAGGUUGAUAUGAGAUUAGAGGCAGUAGACAAACGCAAUCCUAUCCUUAUACGUGCUGGUAGAGUUGCAGAGAAAGAUGGCCACCAAAUCAAGAUCCAUUUUGACGGCUGGCUACCAGAUUACGAUUUCUGGGUCGAUGACGAUUCUGUUGAUGUUUUCCCAUGUGGGUGGUGUAGUAAGACUGGCCAUCAACUCCAACCACCAUUCUAUGCUAGUGAGGUGCCACGUGCAGCCGUAGCAGGCCAAUGUCCAACACUCGGCUGUAACGGAGUGGGACAUGUCAAGGGUGCAAAAUACACAGGUCACCAUAGUACCUUUGGUUGUCCAUACUCCGCGUUGAACAUGAACAAAGAAAAUAUUCUGGCAGACCGUUUGGGACCUACGAGAACUGAUUCAUAUGAAGGAAGGCCAAUAAAAAGUGAAGCAAACUCCCCAACUGACCAGAAAUAUGCAAAAUGUCCAACAUCAGGGUGCAAUGGUGAGGGUCAUGUGACGGGUCGAUUUACAGCACACCAUAAACUAUCAGGGUGCCCGAUAGCACCACAGAACAAGGAAAAGUUGUUGAUGUAUCAGUAUAUGAAUGGAGAUGCCAGAUCUAGUCCUGAGGAUCUUAAACCAAUUGAACCAGUAAAAAUACCGAAAAAACGAGGGAGGAAAAAGAAGAAACGUGAUCGCGAUGAGAAUGAGGCAUUGUCAACCCUACACCAAGGUAUUCACCAGUCAGUCUUUAUGUCCACCUAUGUGCCACCAAACCCUGCUAAAGAUCUACCACUCAACUGGGAUCAACAUUCCAAACUUCUUCCGGGCCUCUCUUCUGUAACGGGAGGUUCAGCCAUUCGCUGGAGCGUUGAUGAUGUCACAAGGUUUGUGAUGUCACUUCCUGGCUGUGCAGAUGUUAGCCAGCAUUUCAAGGAAGAGCAAAUUGAUGGUGAAGCGUUCCUCUUGUUAAAUCAAACAGAUAUGGUGAAGAUAUUAAAUAUGAAGCUAGGACCUGCUAUAAAAAUCUACAACAGUAUUCUCAUGUUAAAAAGAACUUUGGAAACCUGACAAUUCUAUACAUUGACAGUAAACAGUGAACCAUUAUGCAAUAGUGUUGUCAUGGAAGGAAGCCUUAUUCAUCAUUUCAAUGUUAUAUAGUCUUACGCAGAACUCUACGAAAACACGGCCUAUUAAGAACAGCACGAUGAGAAGCAGCUGCUAAUUUGUCAUACGUUAGUAUUUAAUUGAUUAGACUGAAAUUAUGUCCAUUAUCUAUUUAUCAGAUAUGUAGUACAAGAAUUAUUGAAUUGUAUUUAUCAUAUAGUACAUCUUGUAAUUAGCUCAUGGAAGAUGAAUGAGCUAUGUCUGCUGCCUCAUAUACAUGUCUUUGUAUGUCUGCUAUGCAAUGCAAGGAGUUAUAAUAAUCGUAGUGAUGGAAUUUUAGUGCCAAGUAUAAGUUAAUGUUAAAAAUGAAAUUCUUAUAUAUCUAAAUCCCAACAUACACCAAUGGGGCAAUAUCCCACUUGCCCCAUCGAGUCCUAUUGAGUCACCCCAUGAGACCUUGUUAACUUGAUCCACUGUCACAGAUAUGAUGUAAAAAAAUUUAGCCUAGUUUGGAAGGUUUUACUGAGGCCAUGUUGAUCCAAAGCCACCUGACAUAUCAGUCACCUUGUUAAAUUCUCGAUGGAGCCUUGUGAGACUUGCCCCAUGGAGCUCAAUUGGACAUGAGGGAGCUCGAUGGGGCUCCAUGGGGCAAAGUCCCAUGGAAUCCAUUGGAGUCCAAUGGGGCAAAACCCCAUGAGGUCCGACAAGGUCCAAGUCUAUGGAGGUCCCACUAUAUGCCCCAUUGGUGUAUGGCUGGCUUAAAUGGAUCUGGAGUUAAUUGUAUAUUCACAGAUGAUUAUUAAAAUUUAUGACGUACAUCACUCAAUUAUAAUUAUGUCCUAACUACAUCACUAUAUUAUAAUUUCGUUUUGUGUGAAAAAAUAAUGUUCUUGUUAUUGCAAUCAUUUAUCCAAGCAGUAUGUUAGCAAAAGCAGAGAGCCAGUUGAAUUGUGGAGUAUCAUACUAGAAUGCCAAUAAUCUAAAGAGAAUAGAAUGCACGUUUUGCUCUACUGGCACGUGUUUUGGGCUGAAUUGAUCUAAGCAAAGGUGCUUCUCUAUAAUGUAAAUGGAAUUGUAGUACUAAUUUCCCUUUAAAUAUUUUGGUAUUUUAUUAUAUGGUGUCCAGAUUUCAAUGAUGAAUAAAUUAUAAA